CAUACCCUUUUGAUUCAUUUUCUCUGAAUUACUCUACUUUAUGUUGAAAACUUGAAAUUGCUUUGUGAAUUUUGUUUGAACCUCAAUACUUUGUGUCAUGGAUUAUGGAGUCAAUUGCAUAUCUUCCUUACUUCAAUAAUCAUUUGUUGCCAGUAGAAAAUAUUAAGUACUAUGAUAUUGUUCAAUAAUGUUUCGACUUUUUCUUUUCUUUGGUUUAUUUUUUGGGGAAAAUUUUAUGAUUUAAUCCUCAAAUAUUUCAUUUUUUCAAUCAGCAUGAUUACAGCGGAUGUAUAAGUUAGGUGAGUGUAUAGUACAAUAGAAUCAAUGGAGAACCAUCCAGUUAAAGGGAUGCAAUGUUGUUUCAAUAUACAUUGUUAGGAACAGUCACAAUCAUGCCCACCAGAUGUUUGAGAAAAUGUUAAAGUAAGUAAGAAGUUCGUUUGUUUCAGAUAUCAAGGGUCAUGGUGGAGUAGAUGGCUAUUGGGACCCUGAGUUUAUUGACAAUGGUUCGAUUCGAGAGUGGGAGCUUCAAUGGCCUACCUCCUCCUCGCUCCCCCAAGUUGUCGCCACAUAGUCACAUCUCACUCACUAAGCCAUCUUGGGUUGUGAGAACGGAGUCAAAUGUUAAGAAGAAGAGAAGAAAGAACCCGGAUCCGCUUUGUGUAGUCUGUGAGGGGAGUGGACGAGUCGAUUGCCACCAGUGUCGUGGGAAGGGAAGGACAAACCAGGUUCAUUUGGAAAUGCUCCCAAAAGGCGAAUGGCCAAAAUGGUGUAGAACUUGUGGUGGAAGCGGUCUUGGUUACUGCUCCCGUUGCCUUGGUACCGGAGAAUAUAGGUAUAUUAUGGGAUUCCAUUUCAUGAACAGGGACGAUGAUAAAUCCCAAGAAAACAAGUCUUAGUCCCUCCCCUCCCUUUCUCUUUUCUUUUGGGUAAUGAUAUUAGGGACAGAGAUAAUAGAUAAUGUGAUAGCAUAGGUGGAUUGUCUGUAAGUUGGAACUACUGAAUGUUUUGUCUUUUUAUCUCAUAAUGUAGAAUCACCAUUAAUAGAUUGUUGCAACUCUUACUUCCUUGUGCAAUUUCAUUUUAACAUGCUGAUUUGUUAUGUUGGAAGAUAUGAUUCUGAUUGGACUGAAAAAAAAUAUUUUUUGCAAAUCCUUGUUUGGACACAGAACAAGAUAGUGAGAUCAAAUUCAUAAUGAGAUCUGAUAAAUAAAUAUCUUACUCCCUCUAUAAGUGAAUUAUGGUUAAUAUUUAACAAGCAUGGCAUAGAGAGUUCAGAAUAAUUAAAGAAUGGGAACCGAGGAAUUUUCAAGGUUCUUCCGGAUUGUAAGCAGUUGUUUGAAGAUAG